GUUUGUUUCUAUGUAGCAAAGGAAACUAAUAUAUACCAAAUUCGUUAAACUAUGGCUGAAACACCGCCCUCCGCAAUACCGCCUGCGCGAGCACAAUCUCUGCAGGACGAGUCUUCUCAGAAUCCUGGGUGUAGUUCACCAAGCUCAAAUAAAUAUCAGCAUGCGUCCAACGAGCAAUACGUGGAUGACAUAACGCUUGAAUUCUUCUACAAACCCCACACAAUAACACUUCUGAUAUUGAUCAUGUUCUUCUUGAUAUACUCUGCGUUCUACCAAGCGGAUGGUUCAAGUACAGAACAGUCCAGCACCCGCGAUAAUGUCGUCAGAGGCGUUCGGUCAUUCUCGUUUGCGUUUCUGCUGAUAAGUACCGUGGCACUCCCCAAUGGCCCCUUCACUCGACCCCACCCUGCAGUCUGGCGGGCUGUGUUAGGUCUAACAAUCUUAUACUGGUGUGGCCUUAUCUUCGCACUGCACCAGUCAUACGAUGACGUGAAGAGUACCAUGAUCGCCUACGAUCCACGCAUGGACAGCAAAUACUUGGAUGCUCGGGACAGUGCCGACUACGCAUCGAAUUGCGAAUUCACAAUGGCCAAUCUGUACAGUCGCUUCGACGUGUUCAUCAUAGCGCACUUUGUCGGCUGGAUUGGCAAGGCCUUACUUUUCCGGAACCUAACCGUUUGUUGGAUACAAAGUCUGACGUGGGAACUGACUGAGAUCGUAUUUGCGCCGCUGAUACCCAAUCUGUACGAAUGCUGGUGGGAUCAGCUACUAUACGAUGUCAUAUUCUGCAAUGCCUUGGGCAUGUAUAUCGGAUGGCGACUAUGUAGGUAUCUGGAAAUGAGGACAUAUCAUUGGCACGGCAUUCGCUCAUACCACACGUUAACGGGAAAGUAUCAGCGCGCAGUGAUGCAAUUCACGCCCCGGUCUUGGACUAAGGUGGAGUGGGGCAUGUUCAGUUCUAUUAAGAGGUACGGUGCUGUGAUGGCAGUGACUAUUCUCAUCACUAUAGCCGAACUUAAUGCCUUCUUCCUGAAGCACAUCUUCAAAGUAUCGGCGGAAAACCCUGUAAACAGUAUCCGUCUGGGCUUGUGGUUUGUCAUGGGCGCCCCAGCCUUGAGGCAAGUAUACGUGUACAUCACAGAUCCAUCUUGUAGGCGACUGGGGACUCAGGCUUGGACAACAUUUGGUGUCUUGAUGACUGAAGUGUUGUUGAUCGUUAAGUUCGGCUCCGGGAUUUUCGACACGGCGCUGGUCUAUAAACAGCUGGGGAGGUGGAUGCUCAUGGAGACGGGCGUUAUAGUAGGCUAUUUAUUCAUACAGAAAAGACUGCCAUCGUUUACGGGGACAAGUGAGCCUGCACAUAACCCUCUACACCCCGCAAACAUCAAAGAAAAAAUCGGCUAGACGCUUGUAUCAGUCUUAUCCAAAUGCAUUAAAAUCAACAAUCUAGUACAGAUUUGUCUGCACCGA